AUGAUUGCCGAAGAAGACGAUGACAUUGACGACGCAGAGGCUUGGACCGAGCUACAGCUUGCCGCAUUCCAAGGCGACAUUGUAUUGGUGACCAGACUACUCAAGGAGAGCCAAGAGCCGAACGAACCGCCCAGAGGCUUUUACGGAGGAACUGCUUUGCAAGCGGCUGCGAUUUCUGGCCAUCUUGAGGUAGUGAAGGUAUUGAUUGACUCUGGUUCAUUCAUCGAUGCUCCUGGAGGAAGCAAUGGCGGUCAUGCGGCGCUUGCCCUUGCCGCUGGUGCCGGACAUGAGGCCAUUGUGCUUCGAUUGCUGCAAGCCGGCGCCGAUGUGAACUUACAAGCCCACAGAUACAUGGGCCGUACUCCGCUCCAGGCAGCUUGUGAAGGCGGAGACUCAGCCAUUGUUAGAGUUCUCCUCGAGAGAGGCGCCAACGCAAAUGCUCCGUAUGCGCAUCACUUUGGCAGGUCUGCACUCCAGGCGGCCGCCAGCGGAGGAUAUACUCAGAUUGCUGAGCGCUUGCUUGCUGAGGGUAGCGAUGUUAAUGCGCCUCCUUCGAAGUACAGGGGGAUGACAGCACUACAGGCAGCUGCAUCAUCAGGCAAUUUUGAGCUGGUCCAAAAGCUCAUGGCCGCGGGAGCAGAAGUCAAUGCUGGCGGUGGGUAUUAUAUGGGCGCCACAGCUCUGGCGGCUGCAGCAGAAGGUGGCCAUCUCGAAAUUGUGAGACUCUUACUGGAUGCUGGAGCUGAUGUGAGCCAGAGGUCCGGCAACCACCAUCAUACGCCCCAAGAGAUCGCAGAGUAUAGGGAUGAUGUGGAGACCGCGCAGCUGAUAAAUCGACAUGCCGGAAAGUGGCAUUUCGAGCCCGUCAAGCUGUCGCCGCGGAAGUCCGCCGCCGCAGCCGACAUGUCUGACGCGGACUUCGAGAAAGUGCGCCAAGCGCAGGCGGAGCGCAACGCGGCAUCAGGGAAGAAAGGCUUCAAGGACUCCUCCAGCCAGCGCACUAACAACAACAAGAUCUCGCUCGCGGAAAACUUCGACAAGGAUCUGUACGACACCAGCGACAAGUAUGCUGGCUACGACACCUCCAUCGCCGUCGACGAUGACCAGGAUAUGGAAGAUGCUGAUGAUGGCAAUGACGGAAGAUUAGUCGGGCAGUAUACGGCUACGGCCGCUCAGAUUGGAGAAUGGGCACAGGGCGAGACGGCCGAGGACGAUAUCCUGCAAAGUCGGGAGAAGCAGGCGCAGAUCGCGAGCAGAGAGAGCGACUACCAGCAGAAGCGCUUCACAGCGCGCACUUUGAACGGCGACGGCCAGAAAUCGUACCGCGAAACGAUGCAGGAGCGCGAAAUCGAGCGCGAGGAGGCGCGAGUUCAAAAGCUCAUCGAGGAACAGAACAAGGAGAAGAUUGCGAACGGCGAUGAUGAGAUGGAAGGCGUCGAGCACCAGGCUACACUCAAAGACAAGACGCCAGAGGCCGAAGAUCGAAAUGCAACGAGUGAAGAAGCAGCAGCGGAGAAACCAAGACGGCGGAAGCGAAGAUGGGACAACGACGACUCAGCAUCAGCAACCAACGGCAAUGCCGAGACGAACGGCGUGAACGGGCAUGCGACUAAUGGAGAUGCUGAGCCAAAGAAGUCGCGCUGGGAUGCAACUCCAGCUGUGAACGGAGAGGCUGCUGCUGCGCCGAAGAAGAGGUCGAAAUGGGACCUUGUCUCCUCGGCAGAUGGAGGUGCCGCGCCCCAGAGCAAUGGCGCCUCAGAGACUCCAUCAGCACCUGUGGUCGCUUUUGGAACAGACAUCAGCAGCCGCAAUGCUCCUUUGUCCGAUGAGGAACUGGACGAGAUGCUCCCUACUGAGGGAUACAAGAUCUUGACACCGCCUCCUGGCUACGAGCCGCUCAGAGCACCUGCUCGACGCAUUGCACCAUCAGCGACACCAGCGAAUACCGGUGGCUUCAUGAACCAGGAACCGGUUGAUCCUCGCUCAAUGGGCAAGCAGCUACCAUCAGACAUUCCUGGUGUCGGUGAUCUCCAAUUCUUCAAGGCAGAGGAUAUGGCUUACUUCGGCAAGCUUGUGGAUGGCGCGGACGAGAACGACCUUAGUGUGGAAGAGCUCAAGCAACGCAAAAUCAUGAGAUUGCUGCUCAAAGUCAAGAACGGCACCCCGCCCAUGCGAAAGACCGCUUUGCGACAAUUGACAGAUAAUGCGCGCUCGUUUGGAGCUGGGCCUCUUUUCGAUCAAAUCCUUCCACUACUCAUGGAAAAAUCUCUUGAAGAUCAAGAACGACAUUUGCUAGUCAAAGUCAUCGAUCGUGUGCUCUACAAACUCGACGACUUAGUACGACCAUAUGUGCACAAGAUCUUGGUUGUUAUUGAGCCACUUCUCAUCGACCAGGACUAUUACGCUCGAGUGGAAGGUCGAGAAAUCAUCUCUAACCUUGCCAAGGCCGCAGGUCUUGCAACGAUGAUUAGUACCAUGCGACCCGACAUUGAUCACGUUGAUGAGUACGUGCGAAACACCACAGCCCGUGCUUUCGCAGUUGUUGCCUCUGCGCUUGGCAUUCCAACACUGCUUCCAUUCUUGAAAGCAGUCUGCAAGAGUAAGAAGUCAUGGCAAGCUCGACAUACCGGAGUAAAGAUUGUGCAGCAGAUCCCCAUUCUCAUGGGUUGCGCUGUACUGCCGCACUUGAAGGGACUUGUUGAUUGCAUCGGCGAGAAUCUCAAUGACGAACAGGCCAAAGUGAGAACGGUCACUUCUCUUGCUCUAGCUGCUCUAGCUGAAGCUUCGAAUCCCUUCGGUAUUGAAAGCUUCGAUGACAUCCUCAAUCCUCUAUGGACCGGUGCCAGAAAGCAGCGAGGUAAGGGUCUGGCCGGCUUCUUGAAGGCUGUGGGGUACAUUAUCCCUCUUAUGGACGAAGAGUACGGCAACUACUACACAUCACAGAUCAUGGAAAUUCUGCUACGAGAAUUCCAGUCUCCUGACGAGGAGAUGAAAAAGGUUGUGCUCAAGGUCAUCAGUCAAUGCGCUGGCGGUGCUGGUGUCACUGCGCAGUACCUCAAGGACACCGUUCUGAACGACUUCUUUAAGAGUUUCUGGGUGAGAAGAAUGGCCCUUGACAAGCGCAACUACAAGCAAGUUGUGGAGACCACAGUCGAUCUUGGACACAAGGUUGGCGUUGGCGAGAUCGUGGAGCGCAUUGUUGGUAACCUCAAGGAUGAAAGCGAGGCCUACCGCAAGAUGACCGUCGAGACCAUCGAAAAGGUCAUCUCUGCAAUGGGCGCCGCUGAUAUCAAUGAGCGUCUCGAAGAACGACUCGUCGACGGUAUUCUGCACUCGUUCCAGGAACAGAGUGUUGAGGACAUUGUUCUUCUGAACGGCUUCGGUACUGUUGUCAACGCGCUUGGCACCCGGUGCAAGCCUUACUUGCCUCAAAUCGUCAGUACGAUCCUCUGGCGGCUCAACAACAAAUCUGCGACUGUUCGACAGCAGGCAGCGGACCUCAUCACCAGAAUCGCCAUUGUGCUCAAGCAGUGCGAUGAAGACGUGCUGCUUGGCAGGCUUAGCUCGGUGCUGUACGAAUAUCUCGGUGAAGAAUAUCCGGAAGUCCUCGGUAGCAUUCUUGGAGCUAUGCGGAGCAUCGUCACUGUUGUGGGUAUCAGCAGCAUGCAGCCACCUAUCAAGGAUCUACUACCUCGCUUGACGCCAAUUCUUCGAAAUCGACACGAGAAAGUGCAGGAAAACACAAUCGACCUUGUUGGACGUAUUGCAGACCGUGGACCAGAAUCUGUCAAUGCCAGAGAAUGGAUGCGUAUCUGUUUCGAGCUUCUCGACAUGCUGAAAGCGCACAAGAAGGGAAUUCGACGUGCAGCAAACAACACCUUUGGCUUCAUUGCCAAGGCCAUCGGCCCGCAAGAUGUCCUUGCUACCCUUCUGAACAACCUUCGAGUACAAGAGCGUCAGUCUCGUGUCUGCACGGCUGUUGCCAUUGGUAUCGUUGCCGAGACUUGCGCGCCCUUCACUGUCCUGCCAGCGCUGAUGAACGAAUACCGCGUGCCCGAACUCAACGUACAGAACGGUGUUCUGAAGUCACUGUCCUUCCUGUUCGAGUACAUCGGCGAGAUGGCGAAAGACUAUGUCUACGCCGUCACUCCACUCCUCGAAGAUGCGCUUAUCGAUCGCGACCAAGUGCAUCGGCAGACCGCUGCUUCUGUCGUCAAGCAUAUCGCGCUCGGCGUCGUUGGCCUCGGCUGCGAAGAUGCCAUGCUCCAUCUUCUCAACCUCCUGUACCCAAACCUGUUCGAAACCUCGCCGCACGUCAUCGAUCGAGUGAUAGAAGCAAUCGAUGCGAUUAGGCUUGCGGUUGGAACGGGAGCAGUCAUGAAUUACGUGUGGGCUGGCCUCUUCCAUCCCGCACGAAAGGUCCGAACGCCGUAUUGGAGACUGUACAACGAUGCUUACGUCCAGUCGGCCGAUGCCAUGGUGCCAUACUACCCGGCGUUUGAUGAUGAGAAACUGAAGAGACAUGAGCUUAUGGUGGUCAUUUAGACUUUGCGGAAUGAAAAAGUAGGAGUUGGAACUGGCACAGCGGGACUUCAGAGCUGUCAAAGCGAUUCGCAGCAAGCAAGCUGGGUGCUCUUUUGCUUCCUGGAGCGGAAGCUAGCUUCGUUGUAACUGCUAGUCAGUCUAUCAGCAUGAGCCAUACCGGAAGUCUUGAAGCAGGCUUUCUGAAAGCUCUCGGAGCUUGGUAAUGACUUACAGCGUUGAAGGAAGGACUGUAUGGGAUGCAAUGCGCAAUUGGUCCAAGCGAACAUUUUAUACUAAGGAAUGACAGAGGCAUCGAAUCUGAGGUGCUCUUCACUCGUCUCAGCCACGAAGACGACGCGACUGUGCUUUCGAUGGAGUGGGAGCUGACGUGGAAAAUGGCAGCUGAGAGCACAGGAGUGGACUUUAUCAGGAUUGGACGUUCUUUCGCUUUACCAGCUAUAUGCUCGAUCCAAAGCGUGACGUGCCAGCGAGAGAAAUGAUCGUGGCAGACGGCGCCGAAGUACAAGGGGCAUGCAUCUCUGCUUUCCAUAUCAAAAUCA